AACGGGAAGGGCGCGAGCAGGGAAAGGCAGGCAGAGGAGAGGCAAAAGUAUCUCCGCAGCAGCGGAGGGUUCGGAGCAGAGCAGGGAAAUCAGGGAUACCCGGGGACAGGGGCGUGGGCAUCCACAUCCUCAGUGCCACGUAAAUGUUCCCUCCCGUCAGGGAAGGAGGCAGGAGGCAGCGCGGGGACCCGAGGACGAGCCCAGCUCGCUGGUGAUGGCAUGGACCGGCCGCUGCUCCAGCCGCGCUGCCCACUGCCCGCUGCCGCCCGGCUGCCCCCGAGGGCGCGACACUACUGAUGCGGAGCCGCUCGUAGCGACCCAGCCAUGGCUGGAGAUUCCAGGAUCUUCAUGAACCAGGACAUGGACAUCGGAGUGACCUCCAGGGAGCCCAAGAAGAUUCCCAAGCAGGCUCGGGACGAUGUCCCCAUCGCCACCGAUCGGACCCGCCUCAUCUCGGCCGAGGGGAAGAAGCCCCGGCAGCGCUACAUGGAGAAGAGCGGCAAGUGCAACGUGCACCACGGCAACGUCCAGGAGACCUACCGGUACCUCAGUGACCUCUUCACCACGCUGGUGGACCUCAAGUGGCGUUUCAACCUCCUGGUCUUCACCAUGGUCUACACCGUCACCUGGCUGUUCUUCGGGUUCAUAUGGUGGCUCAUCGCCUACAUCCGGGGGGAUCUGGACCACCUGGAAGAUGAGAACUGGAUCCCCUGCGUGGAGAACCUCAGCGGGUUCGUGUCCGCCUUCCUGUUCUCCAUCGAGACGGAGACGACGAUCGGUUACGGCUACAGGGUGAUCACGGAGAAGUGCCCCGAGGGCAUCGUGCUGCUCCUCAUCCAGGCCAUCCUGGGCUCCAUCGUCAACGCCUUCAUGGUGGGCUGCAUGUUCGUCAAGAUCAGCCAGCCAAAGAAAAGGGCUGAAACCCUCAUGUUCUCCAACAACGCCGUCAUCUCCAUGAGGGACGAGAAGCUCUGCCUCAUGUUCCGCGUCGGGGACCUCCGCAAUUCCCACAUUGUCGAGGCCUCCAUCAGAGCCAAACUGAUCAAGUCCAAACAGACCAAAGAAGGAGAGUUUAUCCCCCUGAACCAAACGGACAUCAACGUGGGGUUUGACACAGGAGACGACAGGUUGUUCCUGGUGUCACCCCUGAUCAUCUCCCAUGAAAUCAAUGAGAAGAGCCCCUUCUGGGAGAUGUCUCGUACCCAGCUGGAGAAGGAGGAGUUCGAAAUUGUGGUCAUCCUGGAAGGAAUGGUGGAAGCAACAGGGAUGACUUGCCAGGCUCGCAGCUCCUACAUGGACACCGAGGUGCUGUGGGGACACCGCUUCACCCCCGUGCUCACCCUGGAGAAGGACUUUUACGAGGUGGACUAUAACAGCUUCCACAGCACCUACGAGACCAACACCCCCGUGUGCUGUGCCAAGGAACUGGCCGAGUCCCGCCGGGAAGGGCAGCUCCUGGGCCACCUCUCCAGUGCCACCCUCCUCAGCGGGGGCAGGGAGGCAGACACAGCCCGGCAGGAGGAGGAGGAGGAGGAGGAGGAGGAGGAAGGCAGGGAGCCAGCAGGAUUGGAUGGAGCCAAUGGCACAGCGGGAGAGAUGCCUGUAUAACACCCGACCCACCCACACUUACUGGGAGGCUGGUUCGGAGAGCCAGGGAUUGACUGGGAGCCGGAGGAGGCUGGGAUUGGUGGCCAGAGCUCUGCUCCUGCCCAUCCUGGCGAGCCCCUGCACAGCAGUGCCUCGGUUUCCCUCCCCUCGUGUGUGUACAGCGAGGCUUUGCUCUCCUCUGCAAAGCACUUGGAUCCCUGUGGACAAGGCUCACUCCAUCUCACCCCUGGGAAAACUGAAAUUCCCACCACUGGUUAUCUCGAAAGGUUGGACAUUCAGAACUCUUCUCCUUCUGAGGGGAGGAGGUUUUAAAAAGUCCAGAAUGGCCCAUCUCAGUAUGAAGAAUGUGAUUUCAUACCUUCACUUAAUUUGUGAGUCAAUGUAUUGUAGACAUUGUUACAGCUAAAUUAAAAAAAAGAGAAAAAAAAGUCUCACUUGUAUGUAGUGAAGUGUUUUGCCUUCAUAAGUUUUACAAAUAGAUUUUAGUGUUUCCCUCCAGGAUCGCAGGCAUUGUGAUUUAUUUCCUGCAAAACCUGAUGUGAACGGGGCAGCUUUCCCUGCAAAUCUUUAGCAGAUUUAUCCGAGUUUGUCCUUUUGUCU